GCAAUACAACAGCAGCAGCAAAUCAGUCAGAGGAAGUCGGAACAGAGAGAAAGAAAAGUGAAAGCCAAAAGCCAAAAUUGUAAAUGCUCCGUGUAAACACUUGAAAGCUCGUUAGGAUAAUACAUCCUGUGUCUGCCUGCACACACCCACAUACAAACACACACUGAAAGAGGGAGGGGGCAUCUUCUUGUGUCAACCAUGCGCCGCCAACAGUGUCUGAGUAGCCACCAUCAGGACAAGCAGACUCAGCAGCAGCACCACCACCACCAGUACACCCACACUCACACACACACAGAUACAGAUACAGACAUUCACAGAGACACACAGCAGGUACAGCAGGACGAGUGCCCCUUUCAGGCCAUUGCCAUUGCAUAGUCGCGCUUCCGUUUCCGUCUGCUCACUCGCUUGCCUCAUUUCCGCUGCGGCUGCAAUUAAGCGAACAACCCCGAAAAGUAUCAACAAAAUGGCGCACGAGACCAACUUUAAUGAUGCACUUGACUUCAUUUACAUCGCCAACACCAUGAAUGAUAAUGCCUAUCUCAUAGCCGAACCCCAGCCGGAUUUACCCGAUGACGACCACGACAAGGACGAUGAUGAAAAAGAGCUGGAGGCGGAGGAUACAAACAACAAUAAGCAGAAAAAACAUUACUAUGGCUCUGUCCCCGAGAAGAGAAAACAAUUCUCGAGCUCCCUAGCCCUCAGCCCGACGACCACCGACCAUACCACCGCCCCUACCUCACCCCUGACCACAGCCGCCCUGGCCGCAGCGGCUGCCAGUGCCUCUGUGGCCGCCGCAGCAGCCAGGAUCACAGCCAAGGCUGCUCACCGAGCCCUGACUACCGCAGGAGGAUCGGUCAAUGGCAAGGAGGUGGCAAUGGCGACGGCUACAGCGACAGCGACGACGCUCCAGCUUAUCGAUCUGGACAACAAUUACACGAAUGUGGCCGUGGGCCUGGGUGCAAUGCUGCUCAAUGAUACACUGCUCCUGGAGGGCAGCAACAACAACUCAAUGCUGGGCAUCUUCGGUGAAAUGGUGAAUCAGAGCGCGCAACUGGAUAUGGCCAAUGGCAGUGCGAGUAUCAAUGUGACGACCAGCGAAGUGGCAGAAGAUGAUUUCACGCAUCUGCUGCGGAUGGCAGUGACAUCGGUGCUGCUUGGGCUGAUGAUACUGGUCACCAUCAUUGGCAAUGUGUUUGUUAUAGCGGCCAUCAUACUGGAGCGAAAUCUGCAGAACGUGGCCAACUAUCUGGUGGCCUCGCUGGCCGUUGCCGAUCUAUUUGUUGCCUGCCUGGUGAUGCCCCUGGGAGCUGUAUACGAGAUCAGCCAGGGCUGGAUACUCGGACCGGAGCUAUGCGAUAUCUGGACCUCCUGCGAUGUCCUCUGCUGCACUGCCUCCAUUCUGCACUUGGUGGCCAUUGCCGUGGAUCGCUAUUGGGCGGUGACCAACAUUGACUACAUCCAUUCGAGGACCAGCAACCGGGUCUUCAUGAUGAUAUUCUGUGUGUGGACGGCGUCGGUGAUUGUCUCGCUGGCGCCGCAAUUCGGCUGGAAAGAUCCGGACUAUCUGCAGCGCAUCGAGCAGCAGAAGUGCAUGGUCUCGCAGGAUGUGUCCUAUCAGGUCUUUGCCACCUGUUGCACGUUCUAUGUGCCGCUGCUGGUUAUCCUGGCGCUCUAUUGGAAAAUCUAUCAAACGGCCCGCAAACGCAUUCAUCGUCGGCGACCGCGGCCUGUCGCUACGGCUGUCAAUAAUAAUCAGCCGGAUGGAGGUGCGGCAACAGAUACAAAACUUAAUCGACUGCGUGUACGCCUUGGAAGAUUCUCAACAGCCAAGACCAAGGGCGGAAACCAAGCCGGAGGAACUGGAGGAGAGGCGGCAGCAGCAGGAGGCGGCGGCGGUGGAUCCACUGGCACGGCCCUGUGCCUGGUCGAAGGCAACUCAACAAAUACGGUCAACACUGUGGAGGACACCGAGUUCAGUAGCUCGAAUGUGGAUAGCAAGAGUCGUGCUGGCGUCGAGGCGGCACCACCCAGCACAUCGGGCAACCAGAUAGCCACCGUCUCCCACCUGGUGGCCCUGGCCAAGCAGCAGGGCCAGGCGGCAACAAAGUCGCUGGAAACCAAUGGCGCUGUAGAGAUUGGCAGCGGGGAGCAGGAGGCAGCAGCCACAACCGCAACAUCAGCAACGCCGUCGGUGGCCACGGGCACAGCAUCAGCAGCAGCAGCAGCGGCAGCAGCAUCAUCCACAGCAGAUGGGGAGGAGAGCGAACAGGGCAAGGCGAAUGGCUCGGGGGCUGCCGUGGAGGUGCUCGAGGAUCCUCAACUGCAACAGCAGCUGGAACAAGUGCAGCAACUGCAAAAAAAUAACAAAUCCGGUGGCGGUGGGGCCAGCACUUCGAAUGCCACAACGAUUACAUCAAUAUCGGCACUGUCCCCACAGACGCCCACUACGCCCAUAGGGGGUGGCGGCCCUGUGGCACCGCAUGCUGCCGGUCCGAUGACGGCCAAAACCAGUACGCUGACAAGCUGCAACCAGGAACAUCCGCUGUGCGCAUCUACCAGCUCCAUGCCCGUGACGCCCGAGCCGCGAUCCAAGCAGCUCCCUGGCUCGGCACCCCAUCCGGCAGCGGCCCAACAGCAGCUGUCGAGCAUUUCCAAUCCCAUGCAGAAGGUGAACAAGCGCAAGGAGACGCUGGAGGCGAAGCGCGAACGGAAGGCGGCCAAAACAUUGGCCAUCAUCACGGGCGCAUUCGUGGUCUGCUGGCUGCCCUUCUUCGUGAUGGCCCUGACGAUGCCGCUGUGCGAUGCAUGCCAGAUAAGCGACAGCGUGGCCUCGCUCUUCCUCUGGCUGGGCUACUUCAACUCCACCCUGAAUCCGGUUAUCUACACCAUCUUCAGCCCGGAGUUCCGGCAAGCCUUCAAGCGGAUUCUAUUCGGCGGACACCGGCCAGUCCACUAUCGCAGUGGGAAGCUUUAGAUAGUGCAUGCGAAGAGGCGAAGACGCUUCUGCUAAGCCGGUAAGUGGAUGCAGGUCUUUCCUCUUCGGCGGUACACAACAGAUUCGAAGCAGAGCGAAGCAGAACAAAAAACGAAGUAUACUAAAUGAUGACUUACGAUGGUGCCCCCAACCCCAACCCCUAGAACGUACGAGUGUAAAUAUUUCAGCUAAAUGUGGUUAAAAUUAAUAUUAAUGUUAACGUUUACGUUACGUUUACCUAUGCAAAUACGAGUACUAUACUCGUAUUAUAGUUAAUUCGAUGUUAGAUCUAGCUAAAUUUGUAAAUGCCAAGAGGAGACUGUUUUUGGAAGCAAACUAAAGCGUUGAAUUGAUUGAAAUGCCACCAAGAAAUACAAAAAUCUAUAUAUACAUAUAUGUAUAAUCAAAAUAAUUAGUUUUAAGCGGCUAACCCCUUUCCCAUCAACGAGUAAAUAUACAUACAUACAUACACAUACUUAAAGCUCUCUAAUUCCUAAACUUUUAUGUGUGUUUUUGAACUUGAUGUGAAUUGUAUACAUAUGUGUGUAUGUAACUUAGAUGUAACUCUAUAGAUGAUAGCGUUCGUUCCCUCUCUCCCUCGCUCUCUAUUCUGCUUCGAGGGAAUGGGACGUGUGUUCCCCGUGAGCCAAGACAUUGGAAUCGUUAUAACUGAAGCGAAUACUCGAUUAUGUAUGUAUUGUAUAUUAUUAUAGCUAUGUAGCGCCGCCAUCUAGAGACAUUCAAUGUGUGCAAUGAUCUGCGCAAUCGGCUAUGCAUGUUAGGCCUAAGAAAAUUUGUUGAUAAUCUCACUAUACGAGUACAUACUGUAAUAUUCGAUAGAUUCUAUUGUAAAGUGAAUUAAUCGCAUUGUCGAAACCCCAAAACCAGUUUAAAUGAAAUUUAAACGUAUUGUUAAAGCCACACAUAGGUAAAAAAAAAAACAAAACAAAAACAUAUUGUAUGUACAUUUAAAAUUGUUGCAUUAUUACUAAUAGUAAGUACUAAUACGAGUUGGUUAUUAUGGGCAAGGAUUUCUUUGAAUAUGAUGGCAUAUUGUUAGCAGUAAACAGUUUGCUCGCCUAUCGCAGGCUGCAAGAACUUGUAAUAUUUGAAGAGCAAACUACUUUCGGGAAAAAUGGGUAAAACAUAAUUAGCAAAACCAAAACAGACACGCAACCAAUACAUAGUGCGGCAUAUUGUAGUUAAGAUUAAGCGAAUAUCAAAAUAUUUUACGAAACUACUCGAAACCGAAAUCAAAACUCUACAAAAUCUUUAAGCAGAAACCAUUUCUUAGCCCCUAAGUGUUUACAGAUACAUACAUACAUACAUACACACACACUGUAUAUCUAUGAAUAACAAUAGAAGUUAAAAUCAAGUCCGACUUGUCCCAUGCCAAAGAAUAGUUCUGAACAACACCCCACACCACUUAUCAAUCAAAAUCUGCCAAAGGCACUUCUUGUUUCAUUUCGAUUAUGUUUACUUCAAUCGUUAUAUUCAGUUCAAACAUUGGCGCGCAUUUAGGAAAGAACUAUUGCUUGGCAUGAGAGACAACUGGAGACUUGGAGCCACUCAUCAAACUAACGAAAUUACUAUAAACUACAUUGGCUGCAAAUUAAAUUAAAUAAAGAUUUAAA